UCUCAGCAAGUGUCCAGCCGGUGGUUCAACGGCCUGUUUUUAUCUCUUUUGUUUGUUUCUUGCUUUGGAGAGAUAGAGAGAGAGAGAGAGAGAGAGAGGGAGAUGUUGGAGAAAAAGAGAGAGAAGAUACAGAGGGAUACUGAAGUGGGAUUGGGUGGUUGAGAUCGAGAGAAUAUGGAGGAGCGGUCCCUGGACUAUGUACUGGUGCCCUCGGGUCUGCUGCUGAUGGGAGUAUACCAUGUCUGGCUUUUCGUCACUAUACUGUAUAAUCCCAGGCGAACUGUCAUUGGCAUCAAUGCCGAGUGUAGGCAAGCAUGGAUCUUCUCCAUCAUGAAUGAUCCCAUGAAGAAUGGAGUUUUGGCAGUUCAAACAAUUCGUAACAACAUUAUGGCAUCUACACUCUUGGCAACUGUAGCAAUCACACUCUGUUCACUGAUAAGUGUUGUUGUGAGCACCACAUUGAAUAGUCCUGGCGCAGCAUCAAAAUCAGCUUAUACCAGUGAGACUAUCUUCUCAGUCAAGUACUUCUCUAUUUUGGUGUGCUUCCUUGUUGCCUUUCUUUGUUGUAUGCAAUCAGUUAGAUAUCUUUCCCACGUUAGCUUCAUGGUUACGGCGCCUGCAUUGAAAGAUAAAAAGGAUUCUAUUGAGUAUGUUGCAAGAAACUUGAACAGGGGAAGCUUGUUGUGGUCGCUUGGGUUGCGAGCAUAUUAUGUGUCAUUCCCUCUCUUUCUCUGGAUCUUUGGACCUGUACCCAUGUUCGUGUGUUGCUGCAUAAUGCCAUUUAUUCUCUAUUUUUUGGACACCACUGGCUGUUUUACACUACAGAUUCAAAAGUUCAUGGAGGACGUAAAUGCCAAUGAUGUGGAAUCAGUUCAUCAAUCUACGGGAACUGCCAGGGUUGAGGACUCCCUUCUUCGCUCUCCUCUACUUACAGACAAGAACCAAGUUUAUAAUGCUAACGUUGCUUGAAAAUCUGCAAGAUAUUUUGUCUACACAAGUACGAGACAUAUUGCUACUGCCCACUAAGCUGCAGUGAAUCUCCAUUUUAUUUCUGCUAGAGUUGCCUUAAUUAUAGAAAUGCCUUCGGGUGUUAUUUAAGGUAGUGAAUGCCAUCUUGCUGGUUUGUUCUUAUCAUCUAUUAUGAGAUUGCUUCAUACCUCUUCAAUGGCUACAUAUUUUGCCUUUUAGACUUCUGUUAAAAAAAACAUUGACCGUGAAAUCUUUGAGAUGAUAGAUUUUGUGUCUAGUUUGUA